AUGGGGAACCGGUUAGUGUUGUGGAUCUUCUUGUCGGCGUUGCUCUUCUUCUUAACCAUGGAAGCAACAACCAUAGACCCUUACAAGGUCCUUGGAGUCGAGCGGAAUGCAAGCCAACGUGAAAUUCAGAAAGCUUUCCACAAGCUUUCUCUUCAAUAUCACCCGGACAAGAAUAAGAACAAAGGAGCUCAAGCAAAGUUUUCUGAGAUAAACAAUGCAUAUGACAUUUUAUCAGAUGAAGAGAAGAGGAAAAAUUAUGACACGUAUGGAGAUGAGAAGGGCAGUCCUGGAUUUGGAGCUGGUUCUCCUGGAGAUCAUGGUGGAUAUACUUACUUCACAAAUGGUGGACCAGGAAAAAACCAGUUUACCUAUAGACCAAGUGACUGGCAGAGCAUGGGUGGGCAGGGAGGUUCCAAGUCAUUCUCCUUUUCUUUUGGAGGUCCCAGUGGUCCAAGUUCAUUUGGUUUUGGCAUGGACGACAUUUUCUCGAACCUUUUUGGGGGAAAACCUGGAGGUGGGGUUCAGUUUGCUGGUUUCAGUGGUUCAGCUGGGUCUCAGCCAGGGUCUCAACCUGGGUCUAGGAGUUCCCCAGUGAGCAUUAGUGCCAUCAGUUCACAGGUGUAUAAAAAAGAAAUAGUUGACCAAGGGAUGACUUGGCUCUUGUUAUCUUACACACCAUCAUUGAAGGGGCAUCAACAUGUUGAAUCUAUCAUAAAGGAAGUUGCCAGUUCACUGCAGGGAGCUUUAAAGAUUGGAAACAUAAACUGUGAGACAGAACCAUCUCUCUGUAAGGACCUCGGCAUAUAUCCCCGCAGAAUGCCCAGGGUAUUUGUUUAUUCUUACAAAGUGAGUGAAAGGGGUUCUUUGGUUGAGUAUGAUGGUGAUUGGGCUGCAAAACCUUUAAAAAUGUUUUGCCAAGAUCAUCUUCCAAGGUUUUCAAAACGGGUUGACUUGAAACAUUUUGAGUCUUCCACUUUCACAGUCCAUAAAUUGCCUAGUGUCGUGCUUCUUUCCACCAAGAAAGAUACACCUGUUAUCUGGCGUGUCCUUAGCGGAUUGCAUCACAAUCACUUCCUUUUCUAUGAUGCAGAGGUCCAUGAAGUUUCUGAUCCAAGAGUGAAGAAGCUAGGAGUUGAUGCACUUCCAGCUAUAGUUGGUUGGCUUUCAAACGGGGAGAAGCAUGUCCUAAAAGCAGGCAUUACCAUCAAAGAUAUGAAGUCGGCAAUUAAUGAGCUUAGUGCUUUACUAGAAGGUUUUGAGAAAAAGAGCAAGAAGGCAGCUUCAAGUCAGGCCAAGAAGUCACCGACUGGGGAGAAGCAAAUACCCCUACUGACAGAGUCUAAUUUUGAUGCUCUUUGUGGUGAGAAAACUCCAGUUUGCAUCAUUGGUGCAUUCAGGUCUUCCAAAGAAAGAAAGAAGUUGGAAUCAAUUUUGAACACGCUCUCUCAGAAAUCACUAUCAAGGCAACAGAAUUCAGCCGAUGGAAGGGAUUCCAUUUCCUACACUCUCUUGGAUGCCUCCAAGAAGGCAUCAUUCUUAAAUGCAUUUGACAAAGCAGGAUUUAAAUCGUUGGAUAAGGUCUUGGUUGCCUAUAAACCUCGGAGGGGGACGUUUGCAGCAUUUGAGGGUGAAAUGACUACAGAAGAAGUAGAGGGGUUCAUUGGCUCCGUUCUUAAUGGGGACAUACGUUUUACCAAGACUCGGCAGAAACCCGUCCUGAAAUGA